UAGUAACUUCAUCCUUGCAAAUGCUCAGGUGGCUAAGGGAUUCCCUAUUGUUUACUGCUCAGAUGGCUUCUGUGAUCUUGCUGGAUUUGCACGAACUGAAGUCAUGCAGAAGAGCUGCAGCUGUAAAUUUUUACUUGGUGCUGAAACAAAUGAGCAGAUGAUCCUUCAGAUUGAGAAAUCCUUGGAAGAAAAAGUAGAAUUCAAAGGAGAAAUCAUGUUCUAUAAAAAGAAUGGGUCUUCAUUCUGGUGCCUAUUGGAUAUUGUUCCUAUAAAGAAUGAAAAAGGAGAUGUAGUACUAUUUCUGGCCUCUUUCAAAGAUAUAACAGACACAAAAGUGAAGAUUGUUGCAGAAGACAAAAAGGAAGACAAAUGGAAAGGAAGAGGACGAGCAGGGUCACAUUUUGAUUCAGCACGAAGACGAAGCAGAGCUGUCCUUUAUCAUAUCUCUGGACACCUACAAAGAAGAGAGAAGAACAAAUUAAAAAUUAAUAAUAAUGUUUUUGUAGAUAAACCAGCAUUUCCAGAAUACAAAGUUUCAGAUGCAAAAAAAUCCAAAUUCAUACUGUUGCAUUUUAGCACUUUCAAAGCUGGCUGGGACUGGCUUAUUUUACUGGCAACGUUUUAUGUUGCUGUGACUGUACCUUACAAUGUUUGCUUUAUUGGCCAUGAUGAGCUGUCUACAACUCGAAGCACAACUGUCAGUGACAUUGCAGUGGAAAUUCUUUUUAUCAUUGAUAUUAUUCUAAAUUUCCGAACAACAUAUGUCAGCAAAUCUGGCCAAGUUAUAUUUGAAGCAAGAUCUAUUUGUAUCCAUUACGUGACUACCUGGUUUAUAAUUGAUUUAAUUGCUGCGCUUCCCUUUGAUCUUCUUUAUGCUUUCAACGUCACUGUGGUUUCCCUUGUUCAUCUCCUAAAGACAGUGCGAUUGUUACGCCUCUUGCGUCUCCUUCAGAAGUUGGAUCGUUACUCUCAGCACAGCACAAUUGUUCUCACGCUUCUCAUGUCCAUGUUUGCCUUGCUUGCUCACUGGAUGGCCUGCAUUUGGUAUGUGAUUGGGAAAAGGGAGAUGGAACAGAAUAACCCCCUUACCUGGGACAUAGGUUGGCUUCAUGAGCUAGGAAAACGAAUAGAGUCUCCUUACUACGACAAUAAUACACUAGGAGGCCCAUCAAUCAGAAGUGCCUAUAUAGCUGCCCUGUAUUUCACCCUCAGCAGCCUCACAAGUGUUGGGUUUGGAAAUGUUUCAGCCAAUACUGAUGCUGAAAAGAUCUUCUCCAUUUGCACAAUGCUCAUAGGAGCUCUGAUGCAUGCCUUGGUGUUUGGUAAUGUGACUGCCAUAAUUCAGAGGAUGUACUCCAGGUGGUCCCUUUAUCACACAAGAACCAAGGAUCUGAAAGAUUUUAUACGGGUCCACCACCUGCCACAGCAGCUAAAGCAAAGGAUGCUUGAAUAUUUCCAAACCACGUGGUCUGUCAACAAUGGAAUUGAUUCCAAUGAGCUUUUAAAAGAUUUCCCAGACGAGCUGCGUUCGGACAUCACCAUGCACUUAAACAAAGAGAUUUUGCAGCUCUCCCUUUUCGAGUGUGCCAGCCGUGGUUGCCUCAGGUCUCUGUCUCUGCAUAUCAAAACCUCCUUCUGUGCUCCUGGGGAAUACCUCCUCCGGCAGGGAGACGCCCUGCAAGCGAUAUACUUUGUGUGCUCAGGUUCCAUGGAAGUCCUAAAGGACAGCACAGUGCUGGCAAUUCUUGGUAAAGGAGAUUUAAUUGGAGCAAACCUAUCCAUUAGGGAUCAAGUCAUUAAAACAAAUGCAGAUGUUAAAGCUCUAACUUACUGUGACCUCCAGUGCAUUAUCCUCAAAGGUCUCUUUGAAGUCCUCGAUCUUUACCCAGAGUAUGCUCACAAGUUUGUUGAAGACAUACAGCAUGAUCUCACUUACAAUUUAAGAGAAGGCCACGAAAGCGAUACAGAGCUCAAGGGAAAUGGAAAUAUAAAGAAGAAACUCCCUUCAAUUGUGGAAGAUGAGGAAGAUGAUGAGGAAGGAGAAGAGGAGAGCAGCACACUUUCACCAGUCCAUACAAGAAGCACAACUUGUUCUCAGCAGAAGAAGGCAGGAAGCAAUAAAAGUCACCUGGGGAGAAACCUGAAACAGUUGGCCUCAGGAACGGUGCCCUUCCAUUCACCCAUCCGUGCUUGCAGUUCAAACUCCUCCAGGACCAAACAUGAAACAGAGCUUCAUUACUACUCUAGAAAGAGGGAGAAAAACCUUAAAAUACAUCUUUCAGCAUUGAGCGCUGGAGGUCCACCUGACUUGAGCCCAAGAAUUGUUGAUGGGGUUGAAGAUGGAAAUUGUAAUGAGGAAAGUCAAACCUUUGACUUCAGCUCUGAUCAGCUUCAGCAAGAAUCCAGGGCAUCUCCAACAAUUGGAGAGGCAGAAAUUGGUGCUGCAGUGCUUGUUAUCAAAGCAGAAGAGACCAAACAACAAAUCAGCAGGCUUAAUAAUGAGGUCGCAACUUUAACUCAUGAAGUAUCACAAUUAAGUAAGGAUAUGAAGAAUGUGAUGUACCUUCUGGAGAACCUCCUCCCAUCCCAGAAGCCGCCAGGAUUCUGCACAGUGCAUGGCAUAUCUCGGAGUCCUACCCUGGAAAGCUUGCAGGCUCGGAUGGCUUGGACUACACAUCAACCUUGCACACACAUGCAAGCUGGGAAUAUUACUUGCACCAAAGCACAACCCUGCCGCAGUAACACAUUAUGUGACAUCUGGAAUACAGAUCUAUCUUCUGUAGGCAGCAGCCCCCAAAGAACUGAACAUAAUAUUCAAAAUUCUACAGACAAUGAAUUUUUUUCUACAUCAGGCCUUCAUAAUUCACCUUCCCAGUAUCAGGUAAUUCAGAAAGAUAACUUGCAAUUUUUAAGAUGUACCUCUCCCCAUUCAGACACUACCUUGACCCCUCUUCAGUCUAUUUCAGCUACUCUUUCUUCUUCAGUAUGCUCUUCAUCAGAGACAUCGCUGCACCUCGUGCUGCCCAGCAGGUCUGAGGAAGGGAGCUUUAGCCAAGGAGCAAUCAGCUCAUUAAGUCUGGAAAAUCUGCCAGGAUCAUGGGACCUUGAAGGAGCAGGUGGAACAGUUUCUGCACAGACCUCAGAUUUCCCCUUAGAUAUUGUCACAAGCACAAGGGAUGUUAAAGAGAAAGACAACCAAGCCAUAGAUGUAUAAUGAGAA